CUCUGCAGUUUCCUGGACAGAAUUGACUCAGUAAGACAAGGAGACUACACUCCCACAGACCAGGACCUGCUACGAUGCAGAGUGUUAACUUCAGGGAUAUUCGAGACGCGAUUCCAAGUAGACAAAGUCAACUUUCAUAUGUUUGAUGUAGGUGGCCAGAGAGAUGAGAGGAGAAAAUGGAUCCAAUGCUUUAAUGAUGUGACUGCUAUCAUCUUUGUGGUUGCCAGCAGCAGCUACAACAUGGUCAUAAGGGAGGACAACAACACCAACAGGCUACGGGAAGCCCUGGACCUCUUCCGCAGUAUCUGGAAUAACAGGUGGUUACGCACCAUAUCGGUCAUAUUAUUUCUGAACAAGCAGGACAUGUUGGCUGAGAAAGUGUUAGCUGGAAAAUCCAAAAUUGAAGACUACUUCCCUGAAUAUGCUCGCUACACCAUACCAAAUGAAGCAACUCCUGAACCUGGUGAAGACCCAAAAGUGACCAGAGCCAAGUUUUUCAUCCGAGACGAGUUCCUGAGGAUCAGCACAGCCAGUGGAGAUGGCAGACAUUACUGCUACCCUCACUUCACCUGUGCUGUGGACACGGAGAACAUCAGGAGAGUCUUCAACGACUGUCGAGAUAUCAUUCAGAGGAUGCACCUGCGGCAGUACGAACUCUUGUGAUGGGAUGGACUCACACACACACACACACACACACACACACACACACACACACACACACACACACAGUACAGACACACACACAC